CCCCGUGUUACUUGAGCAGUGUGCAGCGGGGGGCCCGUCAGCAGAGCGCUGGCUCCACAGCAGCGACAGCAGCGUCCUCCGGACCCCGGACGCGCGCUCCCCAUCCUGCCACCCGAGACACGGCCACGGCCACCGGGACACGGGCACCAACUUGGACUCAUUUUUGUGUGUGUGUGGAAUUGGUGAACACUACAAACCGAACACACUUUCUUCUCAUUUUUGUUUUUUAAUGAAUAAGAUACUUUAGAUAUGGCUUCAUCCGAGAGCGGCACAGAGGAGGUGCGGGUGUCCGCGUUGACGCCCCUGAAGUUGGUGGGACUGGUGUGCGUCUUUCUCGCGCUGUGCCUGGACGUCGGGGCCGUGCUGAGCCCGGCGUGGGUCACGGCGGACGACCAGUACUACUUGUCCAUGUGGGUGUCCUGCUGGAAACCGGUCAGCUCCCCCAAGUGGUCCUGCAACAGCACGCUGGCCACCGACUGGCAGAUCGCCACGCUGGCCUUGCUGUUGGGGGGGGCGGCCCUCACCCUGCUGUCUUUCCUCAUGGCGCUAACGUCCCUCUGCGCCAGCUGCAGGAGUCGCUGCUACAAGCCAGUGGCCGUCCUGCUGUUCUCCGCAGUGGUGCUCCAGGUGUGCAGCUUGGUCCUCUUCCCCAUCAAGUUCAUAGAGAUGGUCAGUCUGAGGGUGUACCACGAGUUUAACUGGGGUUACGGCCUGGCCUGGGGAUCCACCAUCUUCUCCUUUGGAGGAGCCAUCCUCUAUUGCCUCAACCCCAAGAACUAUGAAGACUACUACUAGCAUGUGUGAGACAAGAGGAGAAUUGGAGACUCCGUUUCACCCGCUGUCCUCUCAGUAAAAGGAACUUUCUGUCCGUUAGUGCACAAGCACAGACCAAAAAAACAGGAAAUAUUAAACGCUUAUUGUUAGUUUAGGACUGGAAAUGAUCUCUUUCGGUUGAUACUGUGAACUUAUUGUUUGAAGUCUUUCCUCACUCAUUAGACCGGAGCCCUGUGCUCUAUCAAGACGGUUUGGCAGAGGUCCAGGGGUGAGGAGAAAUCCAACCCAGCCAGUUUAAUUUGGGAGAGAAUGUCAGUACUCAGUUAACUCUCAGUCCCCUUUAAGUGGAACUCCAGUAGGUCUCCUGCAGAAUAUUUGGAGGGAACAUAUAAACCGCAUACAUAUAAUAACCAAUCAGGCCAGAGAAUGAUGUAAGCUCAGGCCAACCGCGGAAGUGACAGAUCCACGGAGGCCUAUCAAAGUGAUAUCAUGAGGAUGACAAAGCGAGGAAGACAGGGGCACACCUCAGGAAAUGCUAGAUUUCCCCAGAGUUACACUGCAGCUGGAACGCAGCAGAGCCUUCUUCCUCCAAGUCGGUUGAAGACGUGUCAUCAAGGUCCAAAUAAGGGGCCUCUAUUUUUUCCCGUUGCAGCCGAGUGCAUUAAAAGUGUCAGAUACACUGUAUACAAACACAAAGUCUACCUAAGAGAGUAAAAAACAUUCCACAGCCAGCUCCAAAUGAGAACAUACUUUAAACAGCGGCAAAGCCUCUAAUGUAAAACGUGCAACAUAACCCAAGUUACACCUGCGCGUCAAUAAAAUAUGGCUGUUAUGGUGUUAUAUGAAAGUAUGCGCAAUAAGCACAAUACAGUUAUAAUCACUACAAGACCACCAGUGGCAAGAAGCAGGAAAAUGACCAAAUUUGCAGAGUGUGUCACGUCUGCAUGAUCGCAGCACAUAUCAUAGCACCCAGCAUGUGCUCACUUACACUCUCACACACACACAAUCGCCUGUAAGGAAUGGGAAUGCAUACAGGCAAGUCAGACAUGUGGCAGCCAUGGCUUUAAAUUAUUGAUAUUGAAAAAGUUUUUUUUUUUUUUUUUUU